CAGGAUUUCGGUUUCCUAAUAAAGAAAGAUGGAAUGAAAGCGAUGCAGCAGGGGUUCCAGCGGAUGAUCAGCCUAGCCCUCGGGGAUGCCUUGGGUGCCAAGAAAAAGGACCUGAUGCCUCUGCUGAAUGUGGUCAGCAAAUCGUGUGGGGCAAGGCGCAAGAAAGAUAUCCGAACAGUGCGCAUUCUUAUGCUGAUGGCAAAACAUCUGCAUGAACUCAACACAUGUGGUGCAAUUUUCGUUUCACUCACUUUUCACGCACCCAGUACACCAUGCCUGACAUUCAUGGGAGAAAGCAUUGAAGAAGCUGACGAUUUAUUUCUGCCAAUUGACAAGCACCGACUACUUGGCACCAUUGACGAAGGAGUGACGGCGGUCAUGGCUGCAUGUGGGCUGUUUGACACAACUUAGAACAGAGCAGCGCACAGCCUUUGCUGUGGUUUCGAGAACGUUUUUCUUGACAUCGAUGUCUCCAAAUCAAAGUGUGCUGCACGUCGUUUCAUUGCUCGUCACAAGGGACAUUUUACCACGCACGUAUAAGUGCCCUACUGGGGAAUUUUUUGUGGCUCACAAGUUCAGUCUAUGUGACUGUCUCAGCGCCCGUUCUGAAGGCACUUUGCCGAUAUUUAAAUAACUGUAUUUGCAACUUUUGUA